AUUGCAAGCUGACUGGCGACCACAUUGGCGACUGUGUGAGGGAGGUGCGCUUUACCGUGUACAUUAUAGUGGCUACUGUGCCGUCGCCAUGUGAGUUAGGAUCAGACUGUAAGGUGGAAAGCGUGAAUGGGCGUUGUGUCAGUGUGUACAGAUGUUUGGGUACACUUUUAGACAAGAAAAGUCAUAGAAAAACACCGAUAUGCUCUUUUCAAGGCAAGACUCCCAUAGUAUGCUGCACAGACUGCGAUCUGGUUGAUGAUGUCAGGAAUAUUAUAGUAAACGAACGUUUGGGCUUCCUCUACAAAACUGGGCGGAAAGCUGAAGAUGCUUGCACUAAAUACAAAAAUGAAGUGGAUUUUGCCUGCAAACAUAAAUACGAAGAGACUAUUAAAUUCGAGUUGACUCGCUACUACAAGAUAGCUAAAAACUGCUAUAAUGUGACUGUGACAGACUUUGAUCUGGUCUUCUACACCCUCGGAAGUGAUGCUGCAAGGUACCAGUAUACACAUAUGGCUCUGCUCGGGUAUGGCGAAGACAUGGACUCAGCUCUCUGGCUCUGCGGAGGCUCUGUGAUCAGUGAGCGGUUCAUCCUUACAGCUGCCCACUGCAUAUCACAGCCAAGAGUAGGACCCGUGAGGUACAUCGCGCUCGGCAUCCUCCGACGCUCCGACCCUCUGGACAAGUGGCAGAGGUACAACGUGAGGAGGGUGGUACCUCACCCGGAGUAUAAGUCGCCUUCCAAGUACCACGACAUCGCACUGCUCGAAACUGAUACACCGAUACAAUUCAAUGAUGACGUGCAUCCAGCGUGUCUCCACACGAAGGGAGAGGCUGAAGAGGUUCUGACAGGCACCGGGUGGGGAGCCCUGGGUAACAGAAAGCCGCUGGCUGACACAUUACAAACUCUGGAUAUAAAAAGGUUCAGCGAAGAAGAAUGUAAGCAGCACUACCCCAAAUACAGACAUCUUCUGCAAGGAUACAAUCACACCACACAGAUGUGCUACGGAGACAGAGUGACCGUGGCUGAUUCCUGCGAGGGUGACAGCGGCGGACCACUUCAGUCAGAAACUCUAGACGAGCAUCAUUGCGUGACGACCGUGGUCGGAGUGACGUCAGCCGGGAAGCAGUGCGGCAUCACUGCUGGCUCCGGACUGUACACCAGGGUCAUACACUACGUGCCCUGGAUCGAGAGCGUCGUCUGGCCCUGAGGAAUGACACACAAGGAGGGAAGGAUCAGCCAGCUUGGAUGCUUGACGGAGAUCUGUACGUUAACGAUAUGAUAAAAUAUGAAGUUAAAUAAACAUUACUUAUGUAUUGUGAAUUUCAGCUGUUCCGUGAAUACCUUUUGACAAUAGUUUAAGCAAGAAUGUCAUUUUUUAACUUGAGAAGGUUUGGAUCCGAAACAUGGUGAACAAAAUGACUAGCGGAGAUGCUACUGACUUCUAUUGAAAGACAUAAAACUAAAAAUAAAGAGUAUCUUAAAAUUCGUCCCCAUCGCUGUCAACUGGGAGCGUGCCCAAGAGGCUGGCAGCAUUACCUCGUUGGAUCGCCAUGCUGAUCUGAGGUAAUAGCCAGCCUUUUGGUCACGAGAAGCGUCAACAUCUUUAAAUACAAUGUGGGCAUUCGGACCCCACGAACCAAGGGUUUCAAGGGAGAAGUUCGAAAAUGUUGUAGUCCACUAUAUUUCCACCGCUUGAGGUUCUCCGCAACCGCUGUAGCGGCAGCAGCAGCAGAGCACGCAGAACUUGCAAGGUGUGACACAGGUUGCGUCCCACCCAUACUAAAGGCCUACCCAUCUUCCAUGUUUUUGUUUGUCAAGUCUCUAGAAGGCUUUGAAACUACUGAACCGAUUUGAAAAAUGAUUUCACUACUAGCUUCCGCCCGCGGCUUCGCCCGCGUAGAGUUUGGUUAUAUCGCGUUUCCAAGAGAAUUCUUCAAAAGACCGAGAUAAAAACUAUCCUGUUCUUUCUCAAGGUCAACUCUAUCUCUGUACCAAAUUUUAUUAAGAUCAGUUCAGUGGUUUAGACAUGAAAGCGUAACAGACAGAGUUACUUUCGCGUUUAUAAUAUUAGUAGGGAUUCUAAAGCCACACUCUUCCCGAGUGACAAGAUAUAUUUUAUCUCGGUACGGGCAGUAGUCCCCACAGGACGGUUGUGAAAAUGGCUAAUCUACAAUAAAACUCAUUAGCUAUUUUCAAUUUAUAUUUAUUUAGGCACUUGAUUUCCAAGAUGUCUAAUUAACAAUAUUACUUCAUGAUAAUAAUAUAAGCUUCUAUAAUAUAUAUAAUAAGUAUAAGAUAAGUAUGAAUGAGCGAUUAUGACGUAAUGUAGUUUACCUAAAUGUACCUUAGCCUAAUGACAAUAAUACUUCUAUCAUGAUUUUAUUUCUUAACCAGUCAGGUGUCGACCCAAAGUUUGACGGGAGAAAUUCAAAGGACCAAAAUUUUUUGGAC